UGCAGGUCAAGAUAGCGGGCGCCAAUAGUGACAGUCAUGGAGUCCCCAGUGUGUCUGAUUGAAAACAUUGAUGGGACCCUGAGAGUGGUUCAAGAAGCAACAGAGUAUCUCAUGAGGAUCAAUCAGCCAGUGGUGGUUGUGGCAGUGGUAGGACUGUACCGCACUGGCAAGUCUUACCUUAUGAACAAGCUGGCUGUCAAGAGGAAAGGAUUUGCCCUGGGAGCCACCGUACAGUCCAAGACCAAAGGCAUCUGGAUGUGGUGUGUGCCUCACCCAGUGAAAGAGGGCCACACUCUGGUGCUGUUGGACACUGAGGGACUAGGAGAUGUGGAGAAGGGUGACCAGAAGAAUGAUGCCUGGAUUUUCUCUCUUGCCAUCUUGCUGAGCAGCACUCUUGUGUACAACAGUCGAGGCACUAUAGACAACCAAGCUGUGGAAAACCUCCAAUACGUCACAGAGUUGACAGAACGGAUUAAGGUCAAAGCCCCCAGUGCUUCAUCUGCCGAGGAUGAUGAUGCAGAAGACGCCCAGUUUGUUCAGUUCUUCCCCAGUUUUGUGUGGGCUGUGAGGGACUUCUCUUUGCAACUACAGAUAGAUCGGAGGCAGGUGAAUGAAGAUCAGUAUCUUGAACAUGCACUGACUCUUAAAAAGAGUGUCCAGCAGUUCCUGGCCGCUCCCGCCUAUGACAGACAUGAAAGGGUCUAG